UUGCCUUCCUUCUCUUAAUUAUUAUACCUUUUUAUAUGUCCACAUGGGAAGAAUAUCACACUGGUGUGUUAUAUCUUGGGUACUUUAACGGUCCCACUGAAGGCGUCCUGGGUGCUUGUAUAUUAAUGGUAAUCUCUGCAAUUAAAGGUCCAGAAUUAUGGAUGGAUGAAUUACGAAACGUAAUUAAUCCCGUGCCAAAAUUCAUUCCACCUGAUUGGUGUUUGAUAGAUUUGAUCAUCAUUUUCAUGCUUUUCUCUGUAGUGGGUUUACAUAUCCCUAACAG